AUGACGGCUAUUGCUGGGUCUGAGCACUUAGGGAUGUGUCUUCCCCAGAACUCUGGGGGAAAGGGAUUUGAGAGAAAUGGCAAGGAUCCAAAGAAAACUGGAACAGAUGUGGCUGAUCCAGUCGAUCCAGUGCAAAUAGAUGGCUCAGUGCGGUUUGAUGGCGUGGGGGGUCUCUCUGACCACAUUUCAGCUUUGAAAGAGAUGGUCAUUUUCCCGUUACUUUAUCCGGAGUUCUUUGAGAGAUUCAAACUGCGACCCCCAAGAGGCUGUCUAUUCUAUGGCCCACCAGGGACUGGAAAGACCCUGGUAGCUCGGGCACUUGCUAACGAAUGCAGCCAAGGCGACAGGAGAAUUUCCUUCUUCAUGAGGAAAGGCGCUGACUGCCUGAGUGAAUGGGUGGGAGAAUCUGAGCGCCAGCUCCGUUUAUUAUUUGAGCAGGCCUACAAGAUGUGGCCUUCAAUUAUUUUCUUUGAUGAGAUAGAUGGUCUUGCCCCUGUGCGGUCCAGUCGCCAGGAUCAAAUUCAUAGUUCUCUUGUCACAACACUUCUGGCGCUUAUGGAUGGCUUAGAGAGCAGAGGAGAGAUUGUGGUCAUUGGAGCCACCAACAGACUUGACUCCCUAGACCCUGCUUUGUGGAGGCCGGGUCGUUUUGACAGAGAGUUCCUUUUCGCCUUGCCCAAUAAAGAGUUGCCACUCGCUUACUGUGGGCUCCGGCUCCAGAAAGAAGUGACCUUGUUGGACGGUGCAAAUCCUAUCUUAGGAAAUGGCUGCAUGUAUAGUCAUGAGGCGUCACCUUCAGGUUUUGCAGAGGAGCUGUUUCAUCAAACGGCCAGUCCUCAAAAGGAAACGUUCCUUCACUUGAACAGAGAUGCUUACUGCCAGCCCACGUGUUACAGGCCAAGGUUCUUAAUAGCUGGAGAGCCCGGAUGCGGGCAAAGUUCUCACCUGGCUCCUGCAGUAAUACACGCGCUGGAGGAGUUUGCAGCUUACAUGCUGGACCUGCCGGCUCUCUUUGUUAGUAGCACGUCGCCUGAAGAAAGAUGUGCACAGUUGAUCCGAGAAGCCCAGAGGACAGCGCCAAGCAUCCUUUAUGUGCCUCGUAUCCACGUAUGGUGGGAGGCUGCUGGUGUCACACUGAGAGCUAUGUUUACAACGUUAUUGGAGAACAUUCCAGCAUAUGCUCCAGUUUUGUUGCUUGCAACGUCAGAUGUACGUCACGCAGAGCUCGCCCAAGAGGUUCGAGAUUUAUUUUCUGAGGCUUAUGGAGAAGUUUUCCAUGUCCAGUUGCCGGACGAGGAAGAAGGCAGAAAGUUCUUUGAGGACUUGCUUUUAAAUCAAGCUGCUCAACCUGCUGCCUCCAAAAGGAAAGCAGCUUGUCAGGAACAGGGCGUACAGCCUGCAGCAUCUCCACCGGAGCCUCGACUGCCAGCAGAGGAGCAAAUGAAACAGUUUGAGGAGCAAGCAGAGGAGACAUUGCCAGCGGGGCCUCUACCUUCCCAUACACCCUUCCCAAGUGCCGUAUCAAGCAGAAAACGCAGAAGCAACGCAUCACCGUCAGUCAGCGUAGCAGAGAAGAGGAGGAGAUUCCCAUCCAGCGAGGAGAAUGAGACUCAUGUCUGUUUAAGCCAACUGCUGAGUGCUGCUGCUGGGAUAACAAAGAAGUUCAGCAUCUUUCACCGGGAAAAACUACAUGUUAUGCUCAGCCAGUGUAUUUACCGGCAUCGACAAGACGACGACAAGACUCAGUUAAUAGAGGAAAUGAAGAAGGAAAUUGGAACGUUCCUUGGUGCCAACUAG